AUGAAGCUCAUGAGAUUUUUGAUGAAAUUGAGUCCUGAAACUGUAACCAUUGAAUUGAAGAAUGGAACACAAGUCCAUGGAACAAUCACAGGUGUAGAUGUUAGCAUGAAUACGCACCUUAAAACUGUGAAGAUGACCCUGAAGAACAGAGAACCUGAGCAGUUGGAAACAUUGAGCAUUCGAGGCAAUAAUAUUCGAUAUUUUAUUCUACCAGACAGCUUACCUCUAGAUAUACUACUUGUGGAUGUUGAGCCUAAGGUGAAAUCUAAGAAAAGAGAAGCUGUUGCAGGAAGAUGCCGAGGCCGGGGUAGAGGAAGAGGACGUGGUUGCGGCAGAGGAAGAAGGGGUCCUAGGCGAUAA